AGACGGAACUUGAGGGUUACGCCCACUGUCUUUUCCGACCCCUGAUUGGUCUUCUAGAGGAGAUGACGGCUAACGUCAGCGAGUUCCCUGGACGCCCAUUGGAGGACAAUGCGGGACUGCCCCCGCCGGGCACGGGCGCGGGCGUUCGAACCCGAGUUUGGCGGCGUUACCAUGGGGAUGCGGCCUGGCCGCUGCCUCCAGCUCUUGAGUUGACUAGGCACCUCCGCCGCCACCCUGGGGGCUCUCUCCCGUCGUCUUCUGUCCUUAGACAGGCCUGACCGUGGAGAAAGUUGGAAGCCUCCGAGAGUUUAUAGAAACCUAUUCACAAAAAUGACAUCCUGGUUAUAUGAAUGUCUUUGUGAAGCUGAACUUGCACAGUAUUAUCCUCAUUUUACUGCCCUUGGCCUUCAGAAAAUAGAUGAAUUAGCAAAGGUUACAAUGAAGGACUACUCCAAAUUGGGAGUCCAUGACAUGAACGACCGCAAACGACUUUUCCAACUUAUCAAAAUCAUUAAGAUUAUGCAAGAAGAAGAUAAAGCAGUCAGUAGCCCAGAGCAUCCUCUUCAGACAAGCAACCUGUACAGCAAGCCUCGGGAGCCCAGAUCUGGACCUCGCAGACAAUUGCAUUUUGAUUCUCCUGCUGAACACAAAGACAAAACUACCAGCAACUAUGGGUUUGAAAUGUGCAAUUUAUCAGAUUUUUCUGCAAAUGAACAGAAGUCUCGUUACCUAAAAGUGCUGGAGCACAUGCUACCAGAUGAUUCCCAGUACCAAACAAAAACAAGAAUUCUGAAUGCCACAGUUGCUGAUUCCUAUGGGCAAACAGAAACUAACACUUCACUCUUGUCAUCAAGUCACUUUUCUCCAAUACUGGGCGAUUGUGAUAUUCCCAUUGUUCAAAGAGUCUCUCAUGUUUCAGGGUAUAACUAUGGAAUCCCUCAUUCUGUUAUCAGACAGAACACCUCAGAGAAAGCGAAUCCUUGGACUGAGAUGGAGAAAAUCAGAGUUUGUGUUCGAAAACGCCCUCUGGGCAUGAGGGAGGUACGCCGUGGAGAAAUUAAUAUUAUUACUGUAGAAGACAAAGAAACUCUACUUGUUCAUGAGAAGAAAGAAGCAGUUGACCUCACACAAUAUAUUCUGCAGCAUGUUUUUUAUUUUGAUGAAGUCUUUGGUGAGGCAUGCACCAAUCAGGAUGUAUAUAUGAAGACUACUCACCCACUCAUUCAGCAUAUUUUCAAUGGAGGCAAUGCCACUUGCUUUGCAUAUGGACAGACAGGUGCUGGAAAGACCUACACCAUGAUAGGAACUCAUCAGAACCCAGGACUGUAUGCUCUGGCUGCGAAAGACAUCUUCCGGCAACUAGAAGUGCCCCAGCCAAGAAGGCACCUCUUUGUGUGGAUCAGCUUCUAUGAAAUCUACUGCGGACAGCUUUAUGACCUCCUAAAUAGAAGAAAAAGGCUCUUCGCAAGAGAAGAUAGCAAGCACGUGGUACAGAUCAUGGGACUGCGAGAGGUUCAGGUGGAUAGCGUGGAGCUCCUGUUAGAGGUGAUUCUGAAGGGCAGCAAGGAGCGCAGCACUGGGGCCACUGGAGUAAAUGCAGACUCCUCCCGCUCUCAUGCUAUCAUCCAAAUUCAGAUUAAAGAUUCAGCCAAGAGAACAUUUGGCAGGAUCUCUUUCAUUGACUUGGCUGGCAGUGAAAGAGCAGCAGAUGCCAGAGACUCAGAUAGACAGACAAAGAUGGAAGGCGCAGAAAUUAACCAGAGUCUUCUGGCUCUGAAGGAAUGUAUCCGAGCACUGGAUCAGGAACACACCCAUACUCCCUUCCGGCAAAGCAAAUUAACUCAGGUCCUGAAAGAUUCCUUCAUCGGCAAUGCCAAAACCUGCAUGAUCGCCAACGUCUCACCCAGCCACGUGGCCACUGAACACACGCUGAACACCUUGCGCUAUGCUGACCGGGUCAAAGAACUAAAGAAAGGCAUCAAAUGUUGCACUGCAGCUGCCAGUCGAAAUCGGACAUCUGGAAACUCUUCUCCAAAACGAAUUCAGAGCUCCCCUGUGGCCCUGUCAGGGGAUAAGUGUUCUCCCAAAAAAGUCAAGCUGGGGCUUCCGCAGUCACUCACGGUGGCACCUGGCUCCACAAGAGGGAAGGCCCAUCCUCUGGCCAGCCACCCACCCAACAUCCCGUUUGCUUCUGUUCCUAAAGUCCCUGGUAAAAAGGGCAGUUCCAGAGGGAGUCCUCAAGAGUGGGUCAUUCAGACUAGCCCUGUCAAAGGAACUGUGCAGUCUGGACAGUCAGCCAAAAAAAGGGAAGAAGAAUUAGCUUCAUUGUGCUCUGAGAAAAAUCAGAACGGCCACAAAACUGCCCUUGGGUGCGGAAGCAGGGCCUCUGGCCCAGGACAAGACCUGGUGCAUGGUAAGCUGACCAACAAGUGCAAGAAAGUUCAGACUGUGCAGCCAGUGCAGAAGCAGCUUGUGUCACGGGUUGAGCUCUCCUUUGGCAAUGUCCACCACUUAGCAGAGUACAGCCAGGGCAGCAAGGAGGACACGCUUGCUAGGCCUGCCUCUGAAGCUUGGACCAACAUCCCUCCACAUCAGAAGGAGAGGGAGGAACAUUUGCGCUUUUAUCACCAGCAGUUCCAGCAGCCACCUCUCUUCCAACAGAAGUUAAAGUACCAACCACUGGAAAGGCUUUUAUGCCAGUACAGGCCCCAAGAGGGGCAGCUCCAGAAUGAGACCCCUCCUCCCUUGCACUCUUAUUCUGAGAGUCAUGAUGGAGCCCAAGCUGAGGACCUUGAUGACAGCGAUUUCAGUGAAGAUUCUUUCUCACAUGUCUCCAGUCAGAGGACCACGAAGCACAGAAACGCCCUGGAGAAUAGCGAAGGCUCAUUCUUCCUUCAUCAGAGAGAACAAGGUCCUGAGGAGCAGGUGGCUGAAAGGCAGCAGAGUCUGCUUUUUAGCCCCAGGUUGGAUGGUGAUGAGAAGGCUCUAACCGGAAGCUGGAUGUGUGCCAGGAACCCCACAAGCCACAGAAGAGCAGCAGCUGAUCAUGGCCACAGCCCAAGUAAAGUGCCCUUGGACUGGAGCAAAGAAGAGGACUCUACCUCCUCAGGUCCUUCUCCCAGAGACAUACUGGCAGAGAAGCCUUACUGCUCACAGGUAGACUUUGUUUAUAACCAGAAAAGAGGCAGUGGCUCAGCCUCGGAUUUCAAACAGGAUGCCCUCAGAAGUGAAGUUCCUGGGCAGGCUGAGGGCAGCUCACCAUCCCUGAAGGAAGAGGAUUUCACUUCCUCGCUAUCCCUCAUUGCUGUUGAUGGAUCCCUAGACCAAAGAGACACAGUCGGCACACCUCUGAAGGAACUCGGUGAAGGCAACCUAAAUGUGGCAACCAGAACAGUGAAAACCAGUCAUCCUUUCCAAGGAGAAGCCCCUCAGGAGGAAUUGGGCAUGUGCUCUGAAUAUGCUUCUGGGCUGAUGGCUCCCCUCACUGUGUCCCUCCUGGAGAACCCCGACGAUGAGGGCCCUCCUCCCUUGAACCAGCCAGCCCAGGAUGGGGCUACACACAGUCUAUCGGGCACAGAGGGGCCAUCUGUGGGCCGCACAGUGCCAUCUGGUGAUCAAGAGGUAGUCCUGCCAGUGUCUUUGACAAGUGGUCACCUGUGGCUCUCAUCAUCUCCCCCUGACAAUAAGCCUGGUGCUGAUCUGCCAGCCCUGUCCCCAUCACCCAUCCGACAGUACCCACCCGACAAGCUGCCCAACAGGGAGGCUGACCUGGGAGAGGGCAACCAGAGCAGAGAGACUGCACUUUUUUCCCUGAAGCACAUGGCUAGUGAACAGUAUGAUGCCAGUGCUAAGGAGACAGAACUGAACAGUUCCCAGGGUUUCUCAGGAGAGCCCUUCCCCAGCAUACAUGCAGGAAGACCCCACUGUGAGCCUGCACCCACCCCACAAACAGGAAGCAGUGGUGUGGCUGACCAGCCCAGGGUUCAGGAGAGAAAGCAUCUGGCAGGGCUCGGUUGGCAGGAGCUGGAUUUGUCCAAAGACUCCAUCAAGUUGCCCUGUUACAAUGAGGACAUUGCUUGGCUCAAACAUAGGCCAAUCCAAAGGUGCUUAGCAAGGCCAGGCUCUCCCCUGGUUCCCAGCUGCUCUCCCAAGACUGCCGGGACACUGCAUCAGCCCACCCUGGGGCACGCACAGCAGGUGGUCAUCCGAGCACACCAGGAACAGCUGGAUGAAAUGGCCGAGUUGGGCUUCAAAGAGGAGACACUGAUGAGCCAGCUGGCUCCUAACGAUUUUGAAGAUUUUGUCACCCAGUUGGAUGAAAUCAUGGUUCUGAAGUCCAAGUGCAUCCAGAGUCUGAGGAACCAGCUGCAGCUAUACCUGGCCUGCCAUAGGCUGUCUGAGGCCCCUGAGAGGACAGUGGUGUCUUAGAGCAAAUCCAGUAUGGGGUGGUGGGGGCAGCUCAAGAGCCUGUGCUAGGUUCUCAGGGGUUGGAGGAGCUUCUGCCAGAUCAUUCCUGCAGAUAUCAGAACCCACUCCCUGGACCUGUCCAUGCUAGCCUCUCCAUAGCCACACACGGCCUUGGCUGGGCCCCAGCUCCUCUCUCAGGGACAAGCCUCUAUCCUUCAGUUCCAAGUGCAGGAGCAUCUUAAUGUGCCCCUCGCUUUUCUUCGAGGCUGGAAGAGAAUUUGUCUUACCCAUUGUCUGUAGAAACACACAGAAUAACCCUGUAGAUGUUUCUGAAUUUGAAACUAAGAGUAUGGGUAGUCAGUGGAAACCUACAGGCCAGAGGUUACAAGCUGGGGAAGAUGACAUGCUGAGCCCAGGAGCUUUAUCAGGUGAAUUCUGUGCCUGUUGUUGAGCCAAAAACUAAAACAUUCAUGCCAGUGGGGCAGGGGCAGGGUGAGCUCUGCCCCAUUAUUUGGGGCUUUAGGUUGGCUUUUGAAAUGUAAAAUGAAUAAACUUUGACUUGCUGUCUUUCUUUAACAGCAGAAGAUGUGAGACACACUUUAUGCUUUCAGUUCUUCUCCCUUCCUGCAAUCCAGUUCUUUGUCCAUCUCUGCCUUUUGCUGGGAUGAUC